AUGGAUUUUGACGAAGGGCUUAAUAUAACGAAAGAAGCCACACAAAAACUAUUGGACAAGUUGGUCUACAGGAAGUAAGUAUAGGUCAAUGUUACGUAUCGAUAAAUUGUAAUUUUUCCUUUUCAUGUUUAACGAGCUUCAUUCAGGGCGAAGAGAGAUUAUUCUCCCCUCUGAAGGAUUGCUUAAAAAUUGGCUCCGAAGCAAAUGAACUGUGUAAUAAGCCACCAGUUUCAACGUGAGAUUAUCAAUAAACCACCUGUUGAGUACUUAACACACAUUAAAUAAAUUCAACCAAGGUGUCUUAGUACUCGUUUUUUCUUUCAGAUGUAACUGCAGCAGACACUUUUUAUCGUCAUUUGCGGCUCUUGUUUCACCCGCGGGCUGCUCUCGAAGCCUAUACAAAUCUUUGACCGGACAAUACUACUACUCCCCGGCGAUACAAUUUACUUUAGGCUAAGUUGCUUCUUUUAACUUUACCCUCAAGAAAGCGACUUUUUCGACUAAACUAUGAUACGUGUCUCCCUUGUUCAACGACUAAUAUUCGCAUAUCUACUACAAUAAGAUAGUUAGCUAUGUUCAAAUUUCUUUAUUGCUGGGUCCAUUGCGUUUUAAUAUUCAUACGUCCCGGUGUAGGACUUACCUUUUUUUCGUACACCUAAAGACCAAAUAAAAUUUCAUCCACCCCCUGAAGAAUUCCAUUGAUCUUCAAUCUUGGGGGGAGGGAUUUUUUUUUUUGCGGGGGUUGGGGGGGUAGGUACGGAUAUCAAAUGCACUAGCCCAUUAAGAUCCUUUCACCUACUCUUUACCCUGACUUUAUUCGUUUUAAUUAGACAUCCCGCCGCGGUUACCAUAAUAGAGAUCCUAGCAGUUGUUGGUGUUGUCAUAUGGGCUGCAGGAUAUCGCCUUAUUAGGGUAAGAAUCCAGUCAUUCAAAUAUUUUACGCUGCACUUAAAACAGCAAUUCUCAUUGAAUAAUUCAAUUUCCAAUUUCCUCAACUCUGUAAAAAGAAGGAGGAUCGUGGCCUCGUUCCCAGGCGUACUUGGUGAGAUUGAAUUAACGUCACCAGUCAAGCUUUUCGGGAGAACUCGCCAAUAUGGCGUAGGGAUAAAACUGGUUGAGUAAGGACGAAUAUUGCAAAAUCAGGGUCAAACGAGCGCGAACUGCCUUUCCAAAAAAGUUUAUCAUCAAAGAAAGCCAUUUUAGAGGUGAUUUAGUAUUAAAAGAACUGAUAGGCAGUUUUUCCUCAUAUAGUCUUUUCUAUAAAUUUUCUACCAAAGCCCAUGACUGCCGCGUAGUGCAUGAUAUUUAGGAAUUAACUGAUCUGGCUGAAUAACAGGACAAAUUUUCUUUACGACUCGACUGGUCUAACCAGCCACUUCUGAAAAAUGCUAAGCAUCUCGAAAUUACAUUUAUACAUUUUUAAUUUUAAACCUAUCUUUUAUUUUCAGCCAUGCAUGUUCCUCGCGGGUUUCGCCCUUGGUUUUCUCAUAUUUUACGUAUUUAGUCCAUUGGUUUUUAAGACGCAGAUUUGCUGUGGACCACAUGGGAAGGCGAUAGGUCAGUAUUGUUGAAUGGAAGUCUUCCACUUCGUCCCUUGACUUUUGUAGUCAUGAAUUUUAUGGAAGCCAUUGUGGAAAAAUGCCAGUUGACAUCAAUCCCUUUUUGAGAAUUUUUGACCAAGAGAGCUUUUCACUCACGUGACGUGCAAAUUUAUUGCAACAAAACAAAGUUUGUUCAUAAAAAAGGUUUAACGUCCAUGGGACUGGCUUUGGGCACCAACAUGGCCGCCGUUUCAUUGUUUGGAAAACCAAUAUGGCGAACGUCACGUCAUGUGAAGAUUGCACGACUCAUGUCUUGUUGCAACAACGGCUCCCAGUUUUUGAAGCAAUCAUUGAUGUAAUUUUUCUUUCACAGCUCAUAUUUUGUUCAGUGCAUUAGCAGGCGUGUUUGGUGGGUUUUUAGGAUGUCGCUUGUACAGACUUGGUGUUUUCACAAUAGGAGAGUGCUUGGGACUGGUAAGUGAAAGUCACUCACCGCAGAAGGAGUUAAUUCGUCAUUUUUAUACCACAAUUAUCCAGAUCAUACCUGAAAUCUGUCACUUUAGCAUAAACUCAUAUUAUAUGUAGCAUGUUAUUUACUAUAAACCCCUAUUCGUUUGGAUCGAAGGCACUCCCUAAAAAGCCAAACACAGGCAAAUUAGGCCACUACCACCUCCCGCUUUUGUCUGAAACUUUGUUACAAUUAUAAGUAAAAAAAUCUGUCUCUAAAGGUCUUAAAGUUUGGACACAGAAGAGAGGUCUUACUAUCUGUAAUAGCUGGCAAGACUCGUAGAGCCCGGGUCUAUCUAAAUUUUCUGGAUCCGCCCCUGUCCGGGUACUGAAAUCUAGGGUUACAUUAUGUGCAGUUAGUUGAUAUUUUAACGGGGAUUUUCAGCGUUAACGAAAAAUUUUGUUUUCACUUUGCAUUUUAGAUUGUUGGACUGGCAAUACUUAGCAGCCCUCUUUACGAGUAUUUUCACAGGUACUUACAGGAAGAGUAAGAUGGCACAGUACAUUAAAAAUCAGCAUCCGAUAAUCUUUUCAUUCGAGUCUUAUUAACUGAUUUAUUAGUUCGCUCGUUCCGAUUGCAAUCACAAACUGAGCCACAGCUCGGCUUAGCAGGGUUACAUCAGUCAUGUUGGAAGUGGUUGUUAAGUACAUUUUGGGGUCACUUCCUACCUCUAAUUGGUAGCAGUGAAUAGGUCCAGAUAACAUCUUUAACAGAGAACAAAUAAGAAACGACCUGCCUGUCGAAGAACAUUUAAUCCGCGCGCCACUCCCCUUCAACGCAGGAAACUUAAACUCACUUACCCCGUUUCCCCCAGAGUACUAGAGUCAUAAGUGAAAAAAGACAGUUUAACUGAAGUAUGCGUAUUUCUUCUCCUAACAGUAAUAUUGCAUACGCCGGACUUAUGGCAGCAACCUCUCUCAUGUUCGGAUCACUGGCUCAUUUCUAUGAGAAACCAGUUGUUGUUAUAGCAACAUCAUGUGCUGGAACAUUAGCCGUGUUAUACGGUAAGGGUGUAGCCUGAGCACCAGGCCUUCCUUAGGGGUGAGGGGACAGGCGAUUUUAGAAGCAGGGGGGAGGGGGAAGGGGAGGAACCCUCUCUUCUUCUUUUCCCCAGCAACGCCCUAUACUCUGGUUGUAAGCAUGAUUUAACUUGGACGGUUCAUGAAUUACAGCUUAGAACGUAUCAGCGGAUACUGAACUUGGCUUUGUCUGCUUUUUUUCCUUAGGGGUUGAUUAUUUCUUGCGGACAAGUUUUUCCGUCACAAUAGAAAGUUUCCUUUUGCGAAUCAAGGACGUUGUUUGGGAUGGGUUAAAGUCAGAAUUGUCAAAUUGGACUUACAGAGCUAAAGCGCCUGCACAUCUGGCAGUUCAUUUUACACCCAACUGUAAGUAGAAAGGUCUUUAGAGUAGCUGAAAGUUAAAUGAUACAACAUUGUGUAAUAAAAGCAACCUCCCAUGUAAAUGACUGGAAUGUAUUAUAGUACAGGCCGCAGUUGUUCAAAAGGUGGAUAACGCUAUCCACCGGAUAAAUCACUAUCCACUGGAUAGCGCAAUUGGUUUCUAUAAUACGUAUCCGUUGGAUAGUCAUUUAUCCGGUAGAUAGCGCUAUCCAACUUUUGAACAACUGGGGGCAGGUUUCGAUCUGGUUAACAUCGCCACGCAAUGAGAAAGAAACUGGGCCUAGUUAACUUUCGCAAAGACGCCUGGGACUGUUACUACGGGUCUACCUAGUAAAGAUCCCAGAACCAACUGCGGGACGCAUUUCGGCUCCAGUUCCCUUCUCGACUCUAAAAUGGCGAAUUCAACGCCAUAAAAUAUUUUAGAUCCUUUCAUUUCUGACGAUCAAAAAUGGCAGCGUAUUUGAAAGCAUUUCGUCUUUCAAUGGUUCAUUUGACUAUUGAGCAAUGAGUUCUCCUUUUUUCUCCUUUAGCGAUCCCAAUGUUUGUUUGCUGGGGUGUUAGUACGGCUUUAGGAGUCGUCAUCCAGUACAAAAUAACAGCUAACAACUUGAACAGUGGAUCCAGUCUUCUUCAAUUCUGUAACUGCUGCGACAGACCAAAACCGGACAGAUGA